CGAUAUUUAAGGAGGAGGAGCACAGGGUAUAUUUCACACACACAGCCGGAGCAGGAGCACUGCAAUCAGCAUGGAGGAGGACAGCAAGACCCCCGGAGAACAAGCAGCAGCCUCGGACUCUCAGAAACCGAGAACAAGAGAGGGUCCCCGAAGUCACAGCUGUCAGCACUGUGACAAGUCCUUUGCAACGUCUAGAUAUCUAUUGAUUCACCAGAGAGUUCACAGCGGAGAGAAACCCUACAGCUGUGACCAAUGUGGGAAAGCUUUCAAACAGAAGUGUCACCUCAACAGACAUAACAUAUCCCACACUGGAGAAAAACCACACAUCUGUGGCCAAUUUGGGAAAGCUUUUUCAUUAGCUAAUGAUUUAAGAGCCCAUUAUGGCAUUCAUACUGGAGAGAAACCAUAUAGCUGCGACCAAUGUGGGGCGGCUUUCUCCAAAAAAUUUCAUUUGAAAACUCACAAUUACAUUCACACUGGAGAGAAACCAUUCAGCUGUGACCAAUGUGAGAAAUCUUUCACCACCAGUAGUGACCUGAAGAAACACAGACGUAUUCAUUCUGGAGAGAAACCACACAGCUGCAACCAAUGUGGAAAAGCUUUCCCAAGGCUAUGUACACUAUAUCGUCACCAGCGUACUCACACUGGAGAGAAACAGUACUGGUGUGACCUUUGUGGGAAGACCUUUGCACGGGCCUACAUCCUACAGGUCCACCGACGCCUUCACACCGGAGAGAAACCCUACUGGUGUGAGCAGUGUGAGAAAACCUUUAUUACGAGUGGUGCGCUGAGUGCCCACCAACGCAUUCACACUGAGUCCAUCUAAAUAGCUUGUUGUUAUGUUAAUGUGCUGCUAUUAAAGGUACUAUUAUUACACUGUU